AAAUCAACUGUAUGUAUGUAUGUAUGUAAGUAUGUAUGUAUUUUUAGUUUUCAAACUUUCUUUCUGGCAGGAUAAUGAUUCUAACUCUCUCCUUGGUGGAAAUGUGGUUGGCAUCUCAGUGGGCAACAUGCCUGUCCAUGGAUUGCCCGAAGAAGAACGGAUCUCUAUCACCUUUUGGCACCACCUCCUUCCGAGGAAUUUGACUCCCACAUGUGUGUUCUGGGACGUGGGCUCCAAGGCCAGCCAUCCUGGCAAGUGGAACACAUCAGGGUGUGAAAUGGUGCAAGAAGAACAUCAAAUAACCUGCUUUUGUGACCAUCUCACCUUCUUUGCGGUACUCAUGGUGUCGUCUCCAGAGAUAGACCACAUCCACUAUGAGUACCUGACUAUUGUAACUUACGUCGGUUGCAUCAUUUCAGCUCUAGCUUCGUUCUUCACCAUCUUCUUUUUCCUUUGUUCAAAGAAAAAGCAGAGAGACCACAUCGUCUAUGUCCACAUGAAUCUCCUCUGGGCCAUCUUUCUCCUCGACAUGAGCUUCCUCAUCGCGGUGCCCCUGGCUCCUACCGGAGGGGACGCGGCCUGCAAAGCUGGCGGGAUGUUCUUGCACUUUGCCAUGCUAGCGUGCUUGACUUGGAUGGCCAUUGAGGGGUACAGUCUCUACCGGCUGGUGGUCGAAGUCUUCAACUCCUACGUCAAGCAUUUGCUCCUCAAGCUUUGCUUGGUGGGCUGGGGUCUUCCCAUAUUCAUCGUGUGUCUAAUUUUUGUGAUCGACCAGUCCCACUAUGGCCCUUUCUCUUUUAAGAUCUACGAGACCGCCGGUGAAUACACCAAUUCAACCAUCUGUUGGAUUACCAAAAAGGAGAUCAACAAUUUCCUGAAUUUGGGCUAUUUAAGCCUGGUGCUUUUCUUCAACAGCAUCAUGCUGGCCACCAUGGUGUAUGAGAUUCUCAAGCUGAGACAUCGAGAGCAUCACUGGGGAUAUGUGGUAAUGCUCCUGGGUCUGAGCUGUGUCCUGGGCAUCCCGUGGGGGCUGGUCUUCUUUGCGUUCGCUUCUGGGACCUUCAAGCUGGUGGCCGUGUAUCUUUUCACCAUCAUCAACUCUCUCCAAGGCUUCUUCAUCUUCCUUUGGUACUUGGCCAAAGUGUUGCAGUCUCGCAGGUCGAAUUCCAUGCAAUGCACGACUUCCAACAGCUUGAAGUUCCAGUCCAGCAGCACCAGCAUCUGACCUUGUCCUGGCCAAGGGGACUUUGGAUAUGAAACGUUCAUAGGAGGAUUUUCCUGGAAACUUCUUUGGUGGACUUGGGUGACUUCAUACCUCUGAGUAGCUUAGAGACGACACUGAUCUGUUUUCCUUCAACAUUUGUACGGCUCUUUUUUGUAAUGUAAAUAUUUUUUUUUUUAAAUUCCUCUGGUGUAAAAAGUUUAUGAGAAUACAUUGAAAUUUAAACUAUGUAUAUUAAAGGCAAAUUUUAUUA